CUUUUAAAUCAGCAUUUCAUGUUCAUAAAGUGACCUUCCUCACUCUCACUCCUCACUCUCAACUCUCAACGGAGAUAGUGAUUUCAAUCUUCAGUUUUCGCAAAUGGGUAGGAAGAAAUCCAAAACCAUAGAAGAAAUCGUUGACGAUUUUUGCUUCACUUGUAAAGAUGGAGGACUCCUCAGAUUCUGCGACUUCAAAGGUUGCCUCAAAGCGUAUCACCCUGAGUGUGUUGGAAGGGAAGAAUCUUUUGCAGAGUCUGAAGAUCGCUGGAUCUGUGGCUGCCAUUCAUGCUUCCUCUGCCAUAAAACCUCAAAGUUCCGUUGUGUUGGCUGCCCACAAGCUGUAUGUGGACGAUGCAUUUACAGUGCUGAGUUUGUAUGUAUUCGAGGCAGUAGAGGAUUUUGCAACCACUGUUUGAAGCUUGCAUUACUUAUAGAAGAUGGGAAAGAUGUUGACAUUGAUGGGACAAAGGUUGACUUUAAUGAUCGUGAUACUUAUGAAUGUCUCUUCAAGGAAUACUGGGAACUAAUGAAGAAAAGAGAGGGUUUGACAGCAGAGCAUGUUCAUAAAGCGAGUAACUUAUUGAAGAAGGGAAGGAACUACAAUUGUGGCUUCAAUUCAAACGAAAUUGAGUUAUCAGAAGAAGACACUGAUGAAGGUGAAAUAUCAUCAGACUACGAAGAGUUGGUGUAUACAGAAGAUGAGCAUGCAAUGGUGAGAAAAUGCAAAAGAAGAAAGCAGAAGCUAGGCUCAACGAGAAAAAAGAUGAAAUCAAGUAACAAAGAGUUCAAUGGAUGGGGGUCAAAACCUUUGAUAGACUUUCUUUCAAAAAUUGGAAAAUAUACGAGCAAAAAGUUAACGCAGCAUGACGUGGCUUCUAUUAUUACAGCCUAUUGUAAAGAAAACAAGCUUUUCCAUCCUCAAAAGAAGAAGAGGAUUCUUUGUGAUGCCAAACUACAAUCUGUUUUUGGAAGGAAAACAAUGAAUGUAAAUAGUGUAAACAAGCAUCUAACUGCUCAUUUUGCUGAAAACAUGGAGGAAUCAUCAGAGGAUGAGAGCACAAGUAGUAUAGAAAAGAACGAUGAUAAUUCUAUAAUGGAUUAUGAGGGGCCAAGUAAGUUGCGCUCAGUCAGAAAACCUCCUGAACAGAACCCAUCAGAUAUGUCACAUAAUUGUUCUGCUGCUAUUAUUGUAGCAAACAUCAAACUAGUCUAUCUGAAAAGAAGUGUAGUAGAGAAUUUUCUCGAAGAUGAAGAAUGUUUUGAAGCAAAAAUGAUGGGAAGCUUUGUACGAACAAAAUCUGAUCCCAAUGACUAUUCACAGAAAAAUUCUUACCAGUUGCUACGAGUUACAGGCAUAAAGAUGGAUUCGAGCAGGAGCAACACUGGGAAACAGGGGAUUCUCCUGCAAGUUGCUAAUAGACUAGACUACAUACCAAUCUACAAUUUAUCAGAUGAUGACUUUUUGGAGGAAGAAUGUGAAGAUUUGCACCAGCGAAUGAGAAAUGGCCUGCUCGGAAAGCCCACGGUGGUGGAGCUUUACGAGAAGGCAAAAAGUCUGCAUGAGGACAUCACAAAACAUUGGAUUACAAAAGAGCUGGCUCGGUUGCAAACUUGUAUUGAUCAUGCAAACGAGAAGGGAUGGAGAAGAGAAUUGUUUGAGUUCAUGGAAAAAAGAAUUCUACUUCAAAAGCCAUCAGAACAAGCACGAUUGAUACACGAGCUUCCAAAAGUGAUACCAGAUAUUCCCGAACCCACAUUUGAGGAUUUGCUAGAGGAGGAUGAAGAAGUAAAUCAUGUGCUUGUUGAUAGAAGCGACCACAGGAAAGUUGCAACAGUUGCUGAUGUAGAAGAACGUCUGAUUGGCGAACCAAAUAUCUCAGAGAAGCAGCAACACUUUAAAGUAUCAAGUUGUGAAGAUUUUGCUAAAGAAUCUUGUAUCUCAGCUACGGAGUUUCAAGCUGAUGGAGAGCAGCAUCAAUCCAUUCUGCCAAAGGAGAAUGUAUGUUCCAAAACAUUGCCUUCCAGCAACAAUAUUCCAAUUGAAUCUAUCAAAAUUCAAGAAUCAAAGUCAAAAAACAAAAUUGCUACUGAAGUUCAGUUGAUUGAACUAAGUGAUGAUGACAAUGAGGACGGGGAUUUGAAGGUUGCAGAAAAAAAGCGGAAUUUAGAGAAUCCAAAUUUCUCCAUGUGGUACUGUGCAAGUCCUCAAGGUGAGACGAGGGGACCGUUACCGAUGUCGUUGCUGAAGCAAUGGAGGGACAGCAGUGCAUUCGAGUUGAAAUGUAAGGUUUGGAAGAGCGAUCAGAGUUCACAAGAAGCAAUGCUUUUAAGCGAUGCCAUUCGGUUGCUUUUCCCUGAAUAGAUUGUGGACUGCAAAUAUACUUUUACAUCAACUCAGUACUUAUAUGAUGCAAAAUCAUUGUACAGUUAGAAUUGUAUAUUGUAGUGCAGCAAGAAAACUGCUGCUGCUUGGUGUUUUCGAUGGAUUCUCUUUUGAACAGAAAUGAUAUUUAUCAACCUUAACGCCAGGGUUUAAUCAAACUUUCAGCCGUGUUGAAUGUUAGUUUCA